GUGGAUUUCUCUCUCAAAAUAAUAAUAUAAAUAAUUGUAUAAAUAUAUUUCCAUUUACUUGCUUGCUUGUAUGAUUCUUGUAUUUCGAAGUGACUGUAUAAAAUUCAUCAUCUCUCUCUCUAUAUUCAAAUUCUCAGGAACCGGAAGGAUGGAGCAAAACGGAGAUCAGCCGCCGCUGUUGUGGCCCCAGUUCGAAUCCGCCGAAUAUCAUCGCCGGAGAUCUCCGGUUUCCGCCUUUUUCAGUCCGCCGGCGAUCAUCCUCACGUAUGCGGUUGCUUUGCUUCUGGUUUCGAUCUUCAUUGUCCCUCCGUUUCUCUCCAUCACGUCAACGAUUCUCCGGCCAGUCUCCGUGAAGAAGAGCUGGGAUUCUAUCAACGUGUUCCUAGUCCUAUUCGCGAUUCUCUGCGGCGUUUUCGCACGAUGGAACGACGACAAAUCUCCUCCGUCGCCGCCGCCGCCGCCGCCGUCGCAUGGCAGAGUCGAGCGUGCCGUCACCUGUGGUUCGAUGAACGGUGGUGAAGAUGGUAAGAUGCCGUCGCAACAGUGGUUCAGUGACGUGUACGCUGCUGAUAGGCUCAAGAUCUACGAGAGCUUAAGGAGCUCUGCUCCUUCUCCGGUCACCGGAAGCGUGCGGUUACGGCGGAGCAGUACCUCGUACCCUGAUCUGCGCCAAGGCUUUUUCGGUGAAGCCGGCGGCCACCAUUUCAGAUCUUACGAUGAUUUUGAAAUUGAUAAGUAUCGCUCACCAGUGAUGGCUAAUUCGGAUGGAUACGACGGGGUUCAAAACCGCCGGGAAAAUGAAAUCGAGGAAUCGGAACCGAAAGAAAUACCGGUGGAUAAGUUCGAGGUGAGGCCUCCUUCUCCACCGCGGGAACCACCGGCACCUCCACCUCCGCCGCCUACACAGCCACCGUCGGCCGAGGUUGUCCAUAAGCCGAGAAGGAAGCAUCGUUCUGUGAGAAGGAGAGGAACGCCCGAAAACCCAAGGCGCAGCGACACUGAUUCUAAUUCCACCAAAUCUAAGCAAGAGCCUCCGCCUGUGCCGCCACCGCCGCCGUUUACGCCUCCGAGGACGGCGUUGAGGAACGAAACGGAGAGGAAGCAGGGGAGAAUUGAGCGAAGAAAGAGUAAUGCAGCGAAAGAGAUUAAAAUGGUUUUAGCUUCGCUGUAUAAUCAGAGGAAGAGGAAGAGGAAACUAAAGAAAGCGAAGAGCAAUCAGGGGAACGAAUCUCUAGAAACUGGACCGCCGCUUUACCAACCCACAGUACCACCUCCGUCUCCACCUCCGCCUCCACCUCCGCCUCCACCUCCGCCGCGAUCAUCGCAGUCAGUCUUUUACGGGUUGUUCAAGAAGGGAAGUAAGAACAAAAAGGUCCACUCCGUUCCCCUGCCGCCUCCGCCGCCGCCUCCUCCGUCGUCUAGAACCUCCAAGAGAAACAUUCAGUUGGACCGGCCUUCUCCUCCUCCUCUUCCUCCACCUCCGGCGCCUCCGACACCUCCACGGCGGAGAUCCAGCAAACCUCCACGCCCCGCCAAACCGUCGAGCUUCUACGAAGAGAAUUACGUCAACAGCGGCCGAGAAUCUCCGUUGAUCCCUGUUCCUCCCCCACCUCCGCCGCCGUUCAGGGUUCCCCCGCUGAAAUUCCUGGUGCGUGGGGAUUUUGCGAAGAUACAGAGCAACCAGAGCUCGAGAUGUAGCUCCCCGGAGCGCGAGGUGAUCGACCUCGGUUGGGGCCUCGAACUCACCCAAUCCGAAGGCGGAGAUCUCAUUGGCAGGAGUGAAAAUUCCGGUGGCCGGGGAUUCUGUCCGAGCCCCGACGUUAACACCAAAGCCGACAGCUUCAUCGCGAGGCUCAGAGACGAGUGGAGGCUCGACAAGAUCAAUUCCGUGAAGGAGAAAAAGAAUCUGGGCUCCGGCCCAAGCCCAAUAUGAGAUCAAUAUGAAAACGGCACGCAGUUCGCUCCGUUCUCGGUAAGGUACGGUACAUCGGUGUUAUCCGUACAAAUUUUAGCGGCACGAGGCUCUGAUCAGUUGGUACAUUUUUUUUCUCGUUUAACCACUGGAAGGCCUUAUGAUGUAUGUACGCGUGCAUGUGUGUGUAUUGGUGUUGAUGAUGUGAGGAUAUUUGCUGUCGGCUCUUACAUUUUUGUGGGUCUAUGACCUUUUAGAGCCCAUUCUGUGUUUGCAAUGCAAAGGUUUUCUAUUUUUGUUGCUGCUUU